AUGAGUAUUACUGAGCCCACAUCAGAUAUGCAGAAAUUCAUUUGGCCAUUAGCAACCCAUUUACCAAUAUCCUAUCUAGAGAUAUCUAGCCCCCAACUGGACAAGAUAGAUUUUCUUAACGAUGUCAACUGGAUAGACCGAUUCACCCUCAUAUUAUACAUAGACUACCAAGCGAGCAUUACUAUUAAUUUAGGAGAGAGAACCACGAAAGGCAAAGAUUUCCCGUCUUGUGCUUCUCUAUGCAUCGACACAGAGCCUCGAGAUCAAGGCCAAGAACCUAUCAAUUGCCUGGGGGUUCGUGUUACAAACCUUGCUAAAUAUCUUCAACCCAAUUCUUCUGAUAAGGAUGACAAGCUCUUAAAUACUGAAACAAAGUUGACCGAUGACAUUCUAGUAUUGCAAUAUCCAUGA